CCUGCACCACGCGCCGCCCGCCCCCGGCACACGGCCGCCGACAUGCGGAGCAAGGACCGACUCUCGGAGCUGAAGAAAGCCAGCUCGGCUCACGGGGCCGGCGUCUACAACACCACCACGGUGCAGCUGACGCGCGACGAGCUCUCUCAACCGCAGCGAGACAUCAGGGACAUACUACAGGAAGUAGAGCGCGUCCAGCAGUGGAUUCGUGAGAUGAACGCCAACACAUUGGUGCUGCGACACCUGCACGCCGACCCCACCUACCACACCAACAAAAUACUUCAAGAUCGACUGGACUCUGUGAGCACGACGUCGAACGCGCUCGGGCUGAAGAUAAGCGGCGCGCUGGUGCAGCUGGAGGCGCGCACGCGGGACCCCGCCGCCGCCGACAACCACGUGCGCGCGCGCGUGCUGCGCCUCCAGUACGCCGCCGCGCGCCGCCUCUACGCCGCCGCCCUCGACCGGCACCAGCAGGUGUUGGAGGUGGCGCACCGCCGCCAGCUGCACCUGCUGCAGGAACAGAUCAAGCUCACAAACCUGUCAAUAUCGGACGAUGAAUGUCAGUCGCUACUGGAAUCUAAGAACCUCUCAUUGUUUGUGGACAACGUGAAGGCGGAGACGGUGGAGGCGAGGCGGGCGCUGCGCGCGGUGGAGGAGCGCCACGAGGAGCUCGCGCGCAUCGAGGCCUCCGUCCGGGAGGUGCACGGACUGUUCCUCAGGCUCACAGACCUCGUCGACGUGCAGCAAGAGAAGAUCGAAAGCGUGCAGUAUUUCGCGGUGCAGGCCACCGACCACGUGGAGAGCGGCGAGCAGCAGCUGAUGCAGGGCAUCGUCAAGAUGAACCAGGCCAACAAGAAAAAGACACAGCUGAUCAUAUUCUUAGUGGUUGGACUAUUAAUUAUUUUAUUGGUUUUAAUAUGUACGUGAUGAUACAGUGUGAACUGUGACUGAUAUCAGAAUAUUUACGCCCAAUGGCGUCGCGCUGGACGCCGGCGGACGCGUGCUGUGUUGUGCUAUGUGCUGCGAGCGAAGCGGACACGUACCUCGAGACACGAAGUCU